UAAAGGAAAUGAUUUUCUCAUUCCUGAAUUUGUCAUUACAAGAGCAUUUAUACAUGAUACUAACCAAUUAACUAACUAAUCAACUACUUUAACUAAUUACAACUGUAAAAGUAACUAUUAACAGCAAAACAGUAAAACUAAAGUUUACAUUCUGUACAACAAUAAAAUUACACGUGUCCUUCAUUUUCCUUGGCUGUAACAAGUCUUCUACUCCUUUAAUCUUCAAACAUAGUCAAUCUGAAAUCAGCCUUAAAUAUCAUCUUCGUCUUCAGCUUUCAAUAACAGUUGACCACUUUGGCAAUGUAAGCGAUGCAGCCUCUCAUUUUUCACAGCAGUUAAGGCCCAAAUUUUCAGAAUGUAUUUUGUUUGAUGGGACAUUUCUGUUGUAGUGGAUCAUCUGGUGAACAAUGCUGGAAUAACUCACAUCAUCAGCUAGUUUGAGGAUUCCAGCCAACUCUCUGAAUUUGCUCCCGCUAUGGCAAGCAAGGCAGCACAAUUAAGGUUAUUUGAGACAUUAAGGGCUGAAUUCUGAUCAGAUAUUGGAAUAACUAUAGUGACCCCGGGAUCUUCGAGACGGAGAUGAAUCAAAACCUGUCAAAGUUCAAAUGAACUCUGUCCUGGCUGAGUCCACCGAUGAAUGCGCCAAAGCAAUUGUAAACAGUGCUUGCCGCGGAGACAAAUACCUAACAGCACCGUCCUGGUACGUUGUGGGGUUUCUGUUUAAGCUGUUUUAUCCUGAAGUGUUGGAGUGGUGCUUCCAUUGGUACUUUAUCAGUAGACGAAACGAAGGCCAUUAAAGUGAUGCCAUUGCCAACCUCAAUUAUAUUGAAAGCAACCACAGGGCAGAAGAAGAUAUGUACCAAUCUACCACCCCUAAUGGAUGAGACUUUGUUGGUCCGGAGCAAUUCAAGUAAAGCUAGGGGCAGAAUGAAUAAAAAAAAAAGGCAGUAUUAACGGAGGAGAGCUACGUGUUGAAUUCCCUACAUGCAACACUGCUACGUUGCAAACUGCUUAGGCUUUGAAAGCAAUGAAAUUUAGUUCCACGCCCUUUGAUCACUAGCUCUAGUGUUUCUGUCUCGCUUCUCAUCAUUCCAUACAAGCUAUGGAUUUGAUCAAUAAGUUCAUGAAUGCCAUCGUUGCUACUAUAUCCCUUAUUGCACUCUUCUUCCUCCUUCAUCAUUAUCGUUUUUUCAAGUCCCUCCUCUCCACUGUAAGAACCAUAUUCAAGGAAAAUGUGACUGGAAAAGUGAUACUCAUCACUGGAGCGUCCUCUGGCGUCGGCGAGAAUCUCGCAUAUAAGUAUGCUAGGAGAGGAGCUCGUUUAGCCCUUGUUGCCAGGAGAGAGCAUCGUCUCCAAGAAGUAGCUGCCAUUUUUGAGAUCACUGGCUCCCCUGAAGCUAUCUACAUCCUUGGAGAUAUCUCCAAGAUUGAAGACUGUAAGCGAUUUGUUGAUGCCACCGUAAACCACUUUGGGCAUUUGGAUCAUUUGGUCACCAGUGCUGGGGUUGCUCCUGUCUGCUUGUUUGAAGAUUAUGAUGAUAUCACUAAAGCUUCGCCGGCUAUGGACAUAAACUUCUGGGGUUCAGUCUACAGCACCUAUUUUGCACAGCGACACCUAAAGAAGAGGAAAGGGAAGAUCAUAGUGAUAGCAUCACGCGCCGCGUGGUUAUUUGCACCAUGAAUGAGCUUCUAUGAUGCAAGCAAAGCAGCACUCAUUAGCUUUUACGAGACAUUGAGGAUUGAAUUUCGGACUCAAAUUGGAAUUACAAUUGUGACACUGGGAUUGAUCAAGACAGAGAUGACAGAAGGGAAAUUCCUAUCCAGGGAAGGGAAAUUGGUAGUAGAUCGAGAAAUGAGAGACGUUCAAGUCAGUCUGAUGCCAUUAGAGUCAGCUGAUAAGUGUGCCAAGGCAGUAGUUGACAGUGCCUGCCGUGGGGAGAAUUACUUGACGCUGCCAUCUUGGACCAAGGCGACAUUACUCUGGAAGGUGUUUUGCCCUGAGAUAAUAGAAUGGUGGAACCGCUUGCUGUUAAUGACAGGGCCUGGAUCUUCCCACGGGGAUGUGCCUAGCAAGAAGAUAUUCGAUGUAGCCAGUAGAGUGAAGAAGUUUUCUCUCUGGAUGGGAGGCCCGUUUCCUAAGAUCGUCAUCAAAGCCCCAUGAACCAAGGUAGGGGCAUGAAAUGUCAUCUAUCUUCUGAAGUAAAAACAUAGGUUGCAGGCUUGCAGCAGAAAGUAAAAAAGUUACAUCUUUAAAUUAUGGCAAAGCUUAGACUCAACGGUGGAAAUUCCUUUCUAUGGCCGGAAACAUACAUUAAUAGGAGUAAAUUUGGGUGUUGCUUGUUGUGUAUAAUAGAAUAUGAAUGCAAGCAUUUAUAUAAAAACAGGUAAGAGUUCAACAUACUCAUGAAUUUCAGAGUA